GGGAGGGAGGAGGAGGAGGAGGGUCGGCGUCAGCUCUCCCCGCAGCCAGAGCCACAUCAACCCGAUUUGAGAGCGGGGAGGUUGGGGAUGGGCCACUGUGGGCUGCUGUCACCCCUGGUACCUUAAAGGCGAGCGGCAACACUGGUGCGAGGAAGUGACGCCCUCUCCUCUCACUCAGCAUUUGCUGCGAACGGCACUGGGGCGACGAGGAAGUUGUUUCGUCUUAAAGGGACAGGAUGGCAAAGAUUCAAGUUGGAUUGGAGGAUUCAACAGGUUCAAGUUGGAUUGGAGGAUCUCAAACAGGAAAAGACACUGUCGUCUGGAAUGGAACAACAUCCAGAGGAAUUCAUUGGAUCAAGAAUUGAUGAGGUUUCACUGAUUGAAGGAAUUAGCGACCAGGUUCUUCUAACAGUAGCUAUCACCUUUGCAAUGUUAGGAGGUUUAGCAACUUUUCUAUAUAGAAAUGAACAGCAGAAUAUCCAUCCUGAGAAUCAGGAACGUGUGAGGGAACUGCGGCAGCACCUCCAAGCUGAGGCCUUGAAUCACCAGGAUGCACCAGCGCAGGAUAGACAGCUAUUCUACACGGAUAUGUCCUGUCCAGUUUGUUUACAGCAAGCAGCGUUCCCUGUUGAAACCAACUGUGGUCAUUUGUUCUGUGGUUCCUGUAUAAUUGCAUAUUGGAGAUACGGCACUUGGUUAGGAGCUGUUAAUUGCCCCAUUUGCAGACAAAUGGUGACAUUGCUAUUCCCACUGUUCCCAGUGAAUGACCAGCAGCUGCCAGAAUCUAUGCAAAUUAUUCAAGAAAUAAACAAUUAUAACAGAAGAUUUUCUGGUCAACCUAGAUCUUGGAUGGAUAGAAUAAUGGAUCUACCCACACUUUUACGACAUGCCUUCACAGAAUUGUUUACCAUUGGCGGACUAUUUUGGAUGUUUCGAAUAAGAAUACUUCUCUGUUUGGCGGGUGCUUUAUUCUACUUAGCCUCACCACUGGACUUUCUUCCUGAGGCUCUUUUUGGAAUUCUAGGAUUUCUGGAUGACCUUUUUGUAAUCUUUUUACUCCUUAUCUAUAUCUCUAUCAUGUAUCGAGAGGUGGUAACACAGAGAUUGACACGGUGAAAUGUAUGUAACAAAUGAAAUACCUGUUUGCAAUUAAAUUAAAAGUAAAUGUUUUACUGGGAAAGUAUAACUUGCCUCCAUCAAGUUUUACAAUUUUAUGCAAAGGUUAAGCUCUAAGGUGAACAUUAAAUAACAACAAUGAAAAUGCAAUAUUUAAAUAUGCAAUUGAAGUAUUCUUUUUGCAAACUGUGCAAGUCAAACUUGAAAAUUUAUUUUUUACAAGAAUUAAGAAAAUGCCAAUGCUUGUAAUUAUUGCAACUUGUUUUCAUAGAUGAUAGUACUUUAGAACUAGUUUGAAAUAUUAAAUUACAAUGUUGUCUAGUAAUUGGAGACUGGAAAUUGUUUUAUAGAAUAAAAUUUAGCCUAUAUGGACAGUAAACAAUGCAACGAAAAUAUAGGGCAGGUAUAGGGGAUAUUUUGUGGGGUUUAGCUGGUUAGAGUCCAGGAGUACCCUAAUGCACACUCUAGGAUCCCCAAGCCUUGGCUCUUGCAACCUGGCCUAGUACUCCGGAAUUAGGUAAGCAGGUGCGCAUUCCAUUCCAACAUCCAUCUCUGGAAUUUCCAUGUGUAGGUGGGAUGCUCUUUAGCAUGGUGAUGGGUUUCCGCAUGUGUCAGACACCUAGCUGACCAAAACAAAAUUCUAAAAUAUGGGUCUAGUUACUUAAACAAUUAAAAUGUUAUAAGAUAUUAGAAAAUCAUGAAAUUGGACUCUGUUUUAGAUACUUUUCCUUCUGUUGAUUUGCACUUGGUAUAAAAAUGUGAAGCUGUGGAUUCAAACUGAUGUCUAUUCAAUGUAUAAAACAUAAAUUGUAAAUAAAUAGACUUCAUUGGAAAUAGAA